AACUUAUUAAUUUAAUCUGUGCAGCUGCAGAGUACUUUGUUUUUGUUGAACUUGUAGGUUAUAAUUUUAAAAUAAAAUUCAUUAAUAAAUCCAAAGAAAUAAUUCAAUUCAAUGUUUAUUGCAUUAUUAAUUGUUACAGUAAUAAUAGGACUGAUUUUGUAAAUAUCGGCCGAAUAAUUCAGUUAGCAUUAUGUCACAUCAGCUUGGUAGAAUAGUUUCGCAAAUUCUUCAUCGAUAUUUCGGCGAAAUAGUACAGAAUGUUGGUUACGAUCUAUUUAUUUAUGGAAGUAAAUCCAUUAAUAUGAUAGUAAAGACGACAGGGCUACCUCGCACUCGGAUUGUAGAUAGUUUGAGAACAUUGUUGAAGUUUGAUUUAGCAACAUUUGAAAGCACAGAUGUAUUUGUCAAUUACAAAUUAUUACCUGAAAAUAUAUUGCUUCUCAUAAGAUAUCCCAGAUACUUACUGCAAAUGAAGAGCAAGUAUGGCAGUGAGGCAGAGAUGUUGGUAGAGGAGUUAUUGCAGCAAGCCUCCUGCUCUGCCACUGUACUGAUUGUCACUGUCAUGAACAAGUACAAAGAUGAUAAGGAAAAAAACAUAAAUAUGAUAAAUCUCAAAGACACAUUCAUAAGUCUUGUCACAGCGGGCUACAUACAGCAGGCACCUGUCGCUGAGCUAAACGAAGGCAGUGAGGCUCCCAUACUGGUGCCUGUGGAGACCAAAGUGCCAGAGCUGGACCUCAGGGACCUCAUGCAGGCUAUGGCCAAUAAUUUAGCUGAUGUAAAGGAUAAUACUUACUGGAAGGUAAACUACGACAGGUUUCAUCUGGACUUCCGAGAUGAUUUGAUGAUAAAGGCUAUCACACGCCGGAUUGAUGAAAACGCGGGCGAACUAAUGCGCCUAUUGCUGGAACAGAUGUACCUCACCAUGGCGCCGUGGGCGGCCGAGUCCUGCCCCGUGCCUGCCGUGGAGCUGCGCGAGAGCGCGCGCCGCCUCGCCGACCGACCCCUGCUGCAGCAGCACGUCGACCAGUACCUUAGGGUUAUCGAGGAGAGCGGCGGGGAGUUCGUGCGGCGAUGCGGGGACGCGGGCGGCGGGCAGUACGCGGUGUGCGCGCGCCGCGCCGCCGAGCGCCUGCUGGAGGCGCUGCUCGACCACUGCGUCACGGAGAGGCUCGGCUCCAAGGCGCACCGGAUCUUCAGGUUGAUUCGUUCUAAAAAAUACAUUGAAGAGGAGGACAUACAAAAGAAUGCGAUGUUGCCCAACAAAGAAUGCAAAGAGUUGACUUACAAGCUUUUAGAAGAACAUUUUAUCAGCGUACAGCCCAUGAGAAAAGCGGCCUCUGCCGGCGGAACCGCUAAAGCUAUUUAUCUGUACCACGUCAAGAUACACGAGGUGGCGCACACUGUACGCGAGAUGUGCUACCGCGCGCUGCACAACGUGAUAUCGGUGGGCGCGCACAUGCGACAGUCGCACGCGCGACUGCUGGACAAGCAGCGCCGCGUGCGCUCCAUAGUGCACGGCAUGCGCGUGCGCGGCGAGCCGCAGGACAACAUUGACGAUGUCCUGGAGACUCUAACCCCGCCCGAACUGGCGGCGGUGAGUGCGGCGGAGGCGAAGUUACGAACCCUCGCCGCGGCGGAGAUAGAGCUCGACCGCGCGCUCUUCAUAUUGACUUGCUACUUUGCUUACCCGCGGUAGUUGACAGUGAGAAUCUUCAUCAUCACGUUUGUGAUGAAGGUCCACUGCUGGACAUAGGACUCUUCUAAGGACUACGCCAAAUACCACUGUCUUGAGACGCCUGUAUCCAGCUUCAAUCUGUAUUGGAUUUUUCCAGUACAAUUUGUACGCAUAGUUCCUAGUUAAAGACUUUGUGCACUGGUGUAUUUAGUGGGGGGUCGAUCAACACUACCCCGUCACCAUUCUAGCACAUAAGGACCCCAUCGUCUAUUCGAGAACAUUACCAUGAGUAUAUCCAGUUUGUUUUGACUAAGCAUUAACAGUGUCUUGGUGUGGUAUUUAUGAAUAGGCAGACAGGGAGUCAUUUUAGGUAUUACUUAUAUUGUAUUGUAUGGCUGCUUCCUUUUAUUGUAUUGUAAAAACAUACAUACAGCCGAACGUAAAAUCUCCUCCUUAUUGGAAGUCGGUUAAAAAUACGUGAACGCUAAACGCCUGUCCUAUAAUAAACAUGGACGUUAUUUCAAAUUUAACAUGGUGACGCGUUGUGAGGCCAUCAGUCUGUCUUAAAAAUCCAGUGCUUUAGACCACACGACUGAAUUAAAACUUCUUUCAAAAAUGAAAAAAAAAAAUAACAGCGCCAUCUAUGAGCAUUAAGCGUAACAGGUUCUUGAAGUGCAUAAAGAAGGGAUUGUUUCAAAGUUCUAUAGGAACGCCAUCUAUUGGAAGUUAGAAAUAACAAACUGUUUAACUAUAACUGUAGAUGGCAGCACGCAUUACAAGCCUCGCCCGAUCACACUUUUCGUAAAGUAACCUAGAAGUUUUACUUCAAUAAACUGUAAAGUAAUAUUUAAGGGUUAUAUAAAUAAAAGCCAUUUGUUAAA